CAGUAGAUUUAUUGCAUCACGCGAAGUCUGUGUUAAUUACUUUUAUUUGUCGUGGAAGUACUUUUUUCAGAGCUGUGAUAUAUUAGAUUAUAGUAAUUAGGUUCUAUUAUGCUGUGAUAUUGUACUUGUAUUUUCAAAACUUCAAAUUAUUUAACAUUUUAUUUAAAGGUUAGGGUUGUUCAGUUUUUGUUUGUAAAUAAACAUUGAUCAACAAUGGCAAUAAGCACUAUUGAGCACUUUAAAUAUGAUAAAAAAGAUUUUCACUUUGUAACUAGUAGUGAAAAUGAAGAUUCAAAGUUUGACAUUGUUUUUAAAGAGAGAUGGAGUAAGCUUGAACAAGAUAAUAUCUUACGGUAUUCAGUAGAACAUUUAGAGGAAAAAGUUCUUGAAGGAAAAUAUGGAUUUUUUGCUCAGUUGAAUAUUAAUAGAGCAACUAACCGAAGAAAACCUGAAGAAAUAACAUCAAUGUUCAAACCAUUUGAUCCCAAUAGUUUUAAUUUUACUAAAAUAUUGGACAAAGAAGUAUUAUUUGAUAUUGAUAGUGGGAAUGGUGAUAAUAUCAUUAGUGUCAAUGUUAGUCCUAUUCUUUGGAGUCAUUCUUUAUUAUUACCUCAACGUUUCAAAUGUUUGCCUCAACAGGCAACACUUUACAGCUUCAAAAAAGCUAUUGAAUUACUUUUAUUGAGUAAUUCAGUGAACAUGAGAAUAUUAUUCAAUAGUUUGUGUGCAAAUGCAUCUGUAAAUCAUUUGCACUGGCACUUUUGUUAUCUGAAUCAAAGAAUGUUUCUUGAAACUGCUCCUUUGAGAAUACUUGUGGAUUAUUUAUGCAUCAUUGAAGAUUUUCCUUCCAAAGGAUUUUGUAUAAAAUUUUUAUCUUUCAAAGAGAAAAACAUUGAUGACUUUGUAGCAUAUGCUUAUAAAAUAGUUGCUUACCUGCAACUGAAUGAAAUAGCGCAUAACAUCUACAUUACACGAUCCAAAAGUAAUCCCGAUAAGUUAGAAUUCGACGACAUUCGAAUAUACAUUUGGGCGAGGAGACCCAAUUAUGGAGUAAAAAAUACCAAAGAUUUCAUUAUUGCUGCAUGUGAAGUCUUUGGUCAUUUGCCCAUAAGAACUCAAGAAGGAUACGAUAGUAUUACCGAAGAAUACGUGAGUAAAUGUUUAGAAAACGUUACAACAAAUAUAUUCACGAAAGUGAAGGAGAAGUUAGUAAAAUUUCUCCAGGAAACUGGCGGGUCGACCAGGGAAUAAUAAUGUAACAGUUUCUGAUAUUGAUAGACCAAU